AUGGUGAGAGGUCCAUGUUGCAAUGGAAAGGAAGUAAAGAAGGGUCCAUGGAGCGAAGAAGAGGAUCAGAAACUUAUCGACUAUAUAAAUAAGAACGGCCAUGGUAAUUGGCAGAAGCUACCAAAGCAAGCAGGUUUAAUGAGAUGUGGAAAGAGUUGCAGACUUCGUUGGGCUAACUAUUUGCGACCUGAUAUAAAGCGGGGAAGUUUCUCUUCUGAAGAAGACCAAAUAAUACAGUUCCACCAUGCAAGGCUCGGAAACAAGUGGUCCGAAAUUGCAAAGCAAUUGCCAGGGCGGACCGACAAUCACAUUAAGAACCACUGGAACACGCAUGUGCGCAAACUUAUUGUCAACUCUAGCAUUGACUGUAAUAGCACUCUACAUGGGGAGAGAUCAAUAUGGAAUCCUGAGACUACACGACACAUUUUUCUCGACUGUAUUUUUUCUAGAGAGAUAUGUUUCUUGAUAAAUGUCGAGAGGGAAAAGUUGUUGCGUUUCCUCAAGGAUGGCCAUGCAACUAUGUUCAUUUAUGAGAUGAAAGAUGGAUUUGAAUGGGCUAGGAUUGCAGAAAAUCAUGUUGCCUUCGAUGAUGCACUAAAGAAGCUGAUCAAGGAACUCAAGGAUAGCAGAGGUCCCUACUUUGACAAGCUCGAGAUGUUUACUCAGAUCUUGGAUCGGAAGAAGGUGGUGUGGAUGGAAGGUCCACAAGGCUGGACCACGUGGUUGGAAAAUCAAGAUGAGAUUCUCCAAUAG